ACCGAGACCACAGUUAUUUCAAAAUGGCGGCUGAACGUUGUUGAUGCAGCCUGUUACAACAUUUACCCGUCUUUAACGAAAAGAUCCCCUCUUUCAGCAAGAUGAAUAUACUCAAAACGCCGGAAGAUAGCACUGCCUUUGUGAGAAUCAUGGGUGAAUUCGACCAGUUUUUGUCUAACAACCCGAAAGGUCGGCUAACGUACGAAGACUAUUCCAGUGAGACACGCUUCAAACAAGGAGGUAGUUCCUCCUCCAGCAGGGUCUUGAGUAAAUCGCGGAGCCAGGGAAGUCUCCUUACUAAAGAACGAGAGAAGGAUGUGGAACUGAUAAAAAGCCGGAGCAAAAUAGUGCAGUUAGAGAGUGAAAUGAACAGCUUGGAAUCUGAAAGAAAGCGAGCUCGAAUAGAAUUCGAGAAAGAUGCAGGAAAUCAGAAGCUAAGUUUUCGCCGACUGGAAGAGAAAUACGACGACCUGCAGCAGAACUUUUUGUGCAUUGCAGAACAGGAGAAAAAUGCUAAAGAUCAGUUAAAGGAAGUGAAAAAAGAGUACGAAAUUUUCCGUAAUAAAUCAGAACAAAAGUUGCAAAACCUUCAGAGAGAAAAACUGAAAGCUUGCGCGGAACGAGAUGAGGUUUGUAUGUAAUUUGCUCUUUCAGAUUUCCAUUUAGUGGUCAGUUAUGUAACCUUCGACGUCAAAAUUUCUUUUAAACUGAUCCAGCUGAAAACAUUUUUUUAAUCACCUUGACAUUGAGUUUUCUCCUUCUUGUCCAGUAGGGGAUGUGGGAAAAGGCCCCCAUUUCUCCAUUAUUUUAAGACCAAAACUGAGGUUUGAGAACAGAGGGACUGGUAGGUCUGUGCAUUGAAUAAAGGUCUACACCUAAGUCUACUCUCCACUUUCUUUUAUCCUGAUAAUUGAUGUGAACCAAUAACAUCGAUGAUGAGCUAACAAGCCAAAUAGGGCAGUUCGCUUGUUACCUUAAUUGUUAGAGUGCUGUACCACUAAGGCAGGGGUCAUGGGUUCAAACCCUGUACAAGCCUAAAUUUUUUCAGGCUUUCUUUUUGCAACUGCAAAAGCUGCAUCUAGAACAGUGAUGAUCUUCUUUCACUAAUUCUUCACCCUGCUGUUCCUAUACAGAGGUUCCAAUAAAUGAUUUUCAUUUCAUACAUCAUGCUUUCAAAAGUCUAUAACAAGCCAACUCAAUGACCUGCCACCAGCUGGCUUGUUAGCUCAAUUGGUAGAGCACUGCAUGAGUAUUGCAGAGUUCAAGGGUUUGAAUCCCUUACAAGCCUGAAUUUUCAGGUUUUCUUUCCACAACUGCAAAGCACAACAGACCUCAAUCUUUGUAAUGAAUUUUGCAGAUAAGGGAGGAUUCAAGCAAAAAACAAAUGGAGAUGAAGAGUUCUUUGUUUAGGUAAUUAUUUGCAUCAAUUGAUAUAAAGUAAUGAGUAAGUUGGACUUACCAUUUAGGUGUGGCUUAGUCUCUCUUGGGGGAAUCAAUGAUUUUGAUUUCUUAGUAAGAUUGAAUUAUUAAUAUUUGUGUCUGUUAUGGUCGAUUAGUGAGGCUUUGUCACUAAAGGGUGAGCUUUUUCUUCUGCUUAACAGCAUGAAAAAGGGGAAAGUCAUUGAAAACAUGAAUGAAUUGUCACUGCUUUUAAAGGAGUUACCUAUGCUCCUUUCAGUUUAAUUACUGAUCCCUAUCUGAAGUGAUAAAACCUUUGAUGAAGUUUAACAUAUGUAGCAUUACGUUAUGUUUAGCUAAUAUGAGAUGGGAAGCUUAUUUUUGAGUUUAAUUCUAAUUUACAACAAUGGAAAUGUUAAUGCAGUAAACCCACUGCAAGAUAUAGGGUCGGCCGGGGUUUUUGGGUAUACGGUAUACAGGGGCUUUGUAAAUCGGGUAUAUUGUAUAUUGCAGCUUAAAGGGAACCUCCACUUCAACAAAAAGAUAACUUUAAAUCACAGGAAAUAACUGUUACAGUCAAGUCAAUCUAAAAUAUUUUUAAAGAAAGCGUUUGCAUCCGAAAGAAAUAACUUUUAGAUUCGCCUAUUUUUGUUUUCAAAUUUUGCGGGCGUUGCCAUCUUGAAUAAUUGUGAUGUGUAAUGGUUGCCCUAUUGUUAUUAAACAAAAGCUUUUUGUGUCAGAACAAUAGAGCAACCGAACGUCACAAUUAUUAUAUUAAUGAAAUUUUUCGAUUUUAAAAUUCACUUUUCCUGAUAUAAACACUUUUUUAAAGACAAAUUUCGAACAAAUUUGUUUAUCAACAUAAUUUUAUUCGAUUUAAACUUAUUCUGUAGUAAGAGUGGAGGUUCCCUUUAAAUACGGGUAUUCGGUAUAUCACUUUCUUUGAAUUUCAGGUAUAAAGUAUGCCUGGGUAUAAUUUUGUGUAUAUUUGAAUGAAUUUUGGGUAUUUUUGGGUAUUUUGGCGAAUGUUUUUCAGGUAUGCUGGUAUACCACUACCCGCCCCCCCUUGGCCGAUCCUGAAGAUAAUGGUGGACAAAAUAGUACAGAUUUCUGCAUAAAUAAGGUUCAUUGCUUCAUGUACAGUAAAAGUAAUUCUUUUUUUCAGGCUAGAAACUGAAAAAGCUACGACGCAAACUGAGCUGGAAGAUACUAAGAGUCAACUGGAAAGUUUUAAAAGGUACUAAUGAAGGCAAAACUAGCCAAGAAGUAAGGCAUGUUUCAGCCAAUGAGGCACAUAUGGCCAGAGCUUUUUACUAAGUUUCAGUAGCACGAAGUUUCCUCGGAGUAUUGUCACUCCACCGUGGAUGGGAUGCUAGUCAAAGGUUACGGAACCCCAAGCAGUAGGUUGCUAGUUCCCAUUUAUCAGUGCUUCUGAUAGUUCAUGGAAGAAAGUCAAAUCUCGCGUAAUUUUUAGUGACAGAUUCACAGAAAAAUUGACCAAUUUUGCAGAAAUUUUCAGGGUAACUUCACCAAAAAACAAUUAGUAGAAAAUGGCAAUUUCGUGGAAAUUUUCUCGGCAAAUUUUACUAGAAAAUGAUCUAUGUAAUGUUUCGUAAAAGAGACAAUCAUUUGCUAUUUUAACAACAAAGCACUGAAGAAAUGAGCCAGUGGCAAAGCUUUUAACAGCAUGACUAGUGCCCAGUUUUUCACAACAUAAUUUACAUUUAGUAGUUUUGGGCAUUGUUUGCUCGUUUUGGUGGUGAAGUUUCAAGAUAAAUUUGCACGUUUACAGCUAUUAAACAGCCCUAAUAGCCGAGAUAAGUUUUCAAAUAUGUUGUAUUAGACAUUUAAUUGUAAGAUUUCUAGCAAAUGUUGUGGUACUUGCAUGUUUUUGUGAAUUUCAUGGGAUUUUGCGGAUUUACCUGAAUUUCAUGGCUCCGCGACUGCUCAAAAUAUCAGAAGCCCUGAUUUAUACACCUGGGCCAUAGAGAAAAAUGGGAAAGUGAGGGAAUCUCAGGGCAUUGUUGGCGGGGAUAAUACUAAUGUAAAUUACAUCAUAGUUAUUUUGAGAGGUUGGUGCUGUGACAUCCACUGAUUUUAAUCAAUUGAAACAUCAAGUCCACAUGCGACCGCCUUAGGGCAAACAAUGGAGAAUAUUGUAAUGGCAACACACCAAGAGAGCAUAAUAUCCCAUAAUUCUCUCUUGAAAACACUGAAUAAAAGUGUGCAACCCCUCUGGAAACCAUCUUCCAUUGAUUUCAAGUGCUUGUUGGUCUAAAAAUAACUUUGCUGAUAUUCACAUAUCCCUUGGGCUAGACUGGGCGUGUCUCUCUCUGUACCAUUACUCUCUCUUGACCUAAGUGAAGAGAAACGUGGUGGAGGAAAGUUUAUUGUCUGACUAAGGAAAUAAUGGGAUAGCUAGACUUGAAACCCAGACCUCCAGAUCUGAAGUUCAAAGUGUCGACCACCGGGUUAUCAUGAAAAACAUGUGGUCUGCACCGGCAAUUCGCAUUUGAAGCUCCUCUUAAAGGUAUGUAGUGACAGGCUAUUGCUAGUGUCUGUGGUCAGAGUUCCAGGCACUUACAGUGCGAUAGUAAAAUGACCGUUGUGCGUAACUGUUCUGCAAAGAGGGAGAUUUCGAUUGUCCCUUUUCCUUGGUUUAGUGAUGUGUAUCUGAUUGCUUACUGAGUUUACUACUCAAGUACAAUGGAGCGAGGCCAUUAACAAUUUUGUAUACUUGGGUAGUAUCACGGACUAAUAGCUGAUCUUUGAUGGAGGGCCACCCUAAUUCCCGAAGAACAGGCAAGAUGUGAUCAAACUUUUCAGUAUCUGUUAAUACGCAGGCGGCAAAGUUUUGCACUAAUUGUAACUUUUGACACAGAACUCUUGAAUGUUAAUUCAAAGUUUGUGUCUUGCUUAAUUCUGACCUGUAAUAUUUGCAACAGGUAUGUCAUAUGUCGUAUUUAUGCUCUAGCUAGAGAUGAUAAGAGGUUUUCACACACGUAUGCCUAUAGUUUUGUUUCAUAUUAAUUUUUACAGAAGACGUAGUGAGUUAAUGUCUCAGUUACUGGAGCUGGAGCAACUCAGAGAAAAAUCAAAUACUGCUGAACACAGGGUCAAGGUAUGAUUUUAGUACUGCAUGUACAUGAAGCUCUGUAACUAUGCCUCCAGAUCAAAGAACGUAAAACACAAAACAUAGGACUCAAAAGUUUUUUGGGAUAAUCUGCCAGUUUAGCAAUUUAGCAUUCUGUCAAGUAGCUUUACCAUAGAAAUAGCCUGACAAUACAACCAACAUUUUUGCAAUUUGUUACCACUGGUUUCUGAGGAACAAGUGCAGAAAUUCCAUACUGAUGAUGCAUUACUACCUGGGUCGAUUUGGGUAGUGCUUCUGAUUGGUUGAAGCAAAUUUUCAACCAGUCAGAAGCACUACCCAGAUUUGGGUAGAGUCACAUGAUCAGUACAGAUUUCUGCACUCGUUCCUCAGACGCCAUUUCGCUGGGAAACCAGUGGUGGCAUCACAAAAUGAUGGUUGUUAUCUAAGGCUACAUGCACCGCAGAAAUAAAUUACCAGUAACAUCAUAUGAAUAACAAAAGACAUAUCACUAAUGUACCAACUUUAAUGUAAUUUAUUGAUAAGGAACUGGAGCAGAAGCUGGCUCGCCAGGAAGAAGCUACAGGGGUUGCCAUGGUGAUGCAAACACAACUCACAAAAUACAGGGAAUUACAGAAAGAAAAUGAGAAAUUAAAAGAAGACAAUCAUUAUUACAGGUAUAACUAACAUUUCUAUUAACAAUAAACGCUGCAGAAAAUAACAACUUUGCAACAACUACCGAAAGUGAAUGCAUGAAAAUUUCAUGCUUUUUUGUUUGAACUGCACACAAAAGAUCUUAUAUUCACCUUUUAAGUUUGUGUACUUUAUAUUAGUAAUUUGUGCAGUGUAUGAUAAUGACAAGGCUCAAAAAAAAGUCCUAUCCAGUCAUCCUGGACAAGUAGAUUUUCUUACUGGGCAAGUAACUUUUAAAGCUAGGGUCUAAGCAAGUCAUCUUCAAACUAAAUCAGUAACUUAUGCCCCAUUCACACCAACUAAACAUGUUUAAUUAAACCAGGUUUUAAAAAAUGAAAAACAGACAUGGAAAACUGCAACACAGGGUUUCACACAGCUUUUAAAUGAAAUUCAACAUGUUUUGUAAUUUGCCUUGUCUUCAUAGCCAAUAACAUCAUGGCUUAACUGACAGAAGACCAAUAACAUCGCAACAUAAUUGACCAAUCAGAUCAAUAACCACAGUAUAAUACCAUCAACUGACGUGACACAACUCACUUUGACUCUGAAGAUGACUACCGCACAGGUUGUCGAAACGUCAGUCACUGUCAACAACAACAGUCCUAUUCAGGACUACGUUCACCCGGACGAUCAAACUCAACCUUUUGAAAUGACUCCUGGGUUCAAACCUUUCACAAUUUAAGUUACUUAGCAGCUUUUAUGAAGGAAAGAAAACCAAACGGUGUUUAAUUAAACAGCUUUUAAACAUAUUUAAGUUUCGGUCUGAAUGGGGCUUGAGUUAAGGAAGAAGUGACCCUAGGCAAGCAAUGUUAGAGCUGCUUGCAAGCCCAAAGGACAAGCUGGGAUUCAAGUUUUCUUGUGCCCUGAAUGAGAUUGAAACAGGAAGUAAAAUUUGAUUUAAGGAUGAAAUUGAACCACAUUCUCAUGAUAAUGUGCAAUGUAGGUCCAUGAUCUUGAACUUGAGGUGAUAGUUUUGUUCUUAGCAGGUGAAUAUAUACUUGUUAUUGUAUGAGAAAAUUUUUUAAAGCGCCUGAAAUAACCCACAGAAAAUAAUAGUUGAACUAAAUAUGCAUGUAGAAUUUAUUAUUAUGUACUUUUAAUACUAGCCUGCGAACGGCAGACGUUUCUCCUCGCUCAUCGCCGCUGAGGGACGUUUCGCGAGGAGGAACGUCUGCGACUCAGCGACAGAAAUUCCAUACUGAUGACGUAAAUCAAUGUUUACAUAAUAAAUUCGGUAGUCAUGGGGUUCCAAAUGCAAAUUUGUUUCAUUUUACGUUUCUCCUGGUCGAUUUUGGUAAAGUGUUGUGUUCAUCUUCAAAUGAGCUCCAGCAAAACUUAAAUGCUUCUUCGAGAGAAGACUGUAUUCCACAAAUAUUGGCCGUUUUGUUAGAGAUUCAUCGUGUUUACAUUUGACCUUUGUGGCCUUUUGUCUUUUGUCUGUCAUUCGUAAACAAUAGCUAAAACAAUGAAACUGCUCCGUCGACCAAUUAGCGCUUCUGACCAGAUUCCGGACAGAUUUUGCGUCAUCAGUAUGGAAUUUUGUCGCUGAGUCGCAGACGUUCCUCCUCAUGAAACAUCCCUUAGCGGCGACGAGCGAGGAGAAACGUCUGCCGUUCGCAGACUAUUUUAAUACCAGUUUAACAGGUAUGUCAUCUUGAAGCCCUUGAGUUUAAAUCCCCAAAGUUAUUGUCAACUAAACUAUUUCCCUUUGUAAAACUGUGAAAGGUUUGACCCCAGGAGUCAUUUCAUUUAAGUACAGGUGGGUUGAGUAUGAUCAUUCCGGUGAACGUAUUCCUGAAUAGGACUGAUGUUUUGACAACCUGUGCAGUUGUCAUCUUCAGACUCAAAGUGAGUUGUAUCACAUCAGUUGAUGGUAUUCAACUCUGUUUAGUGACCUGGUCAAUGAAGUCACAGUGUUAUUGGUUGUCUGUCAGUUAAAGCAGUGAUGCUAUUUUUCGAUCCAUCUAUUGUCACAGUUUAACAGUUGUUGAAAUUUUACAUUAUAGCUAGACCCUGUCCUCAAGCUGAGGGCAUUGCCACUGAGCUGGGCAUCAAUCUUACAGUGCAAUAGGAACAACUUUUGUAGCAACAGUAAUUUCUUUAUUUUUAGAGAGACAAAUGAAAGUAACCUUUUAUUGAAAGAGAAAGCUGACAGUUUGCAAGCAAAGCUUGUGCGGGCUGAGCAGAGGGUUACAGAACUGACAAGGGUGGAGAUUGAGAAUGAAGUGAGUGAAAUCUAAUUCAAGUCAAUGUUACCAUGUCUGUUUGAAUUUUGCGAAUACUAAGCUCCCCUGGGCAUUGCUACACUUAUUAGGUACUUGUUAUUAUGCAUUAUUUUUGUGCAUUCCUUAAUGAUUUUGUUAGAGAAUUUGUUCCUCAUUUUUAAAGACAACAAACGUGUUUUGUUUACUUCUCAAAGGUUUCCAUAAAUAUUAUUGUUGUUGCGAUUUAAUUUAAGCAUUGUGCUCACAGACCAUUAAUUUUCUCGUAAGAGAUUGUUGAGCAUGUGUAUGAAAUCGCUCGCAUGCUACUGAAUUGUCAAAGAAAAAGAAAAAUGUCUCUGGAUAGGCUGAGCUUUAAGGAAUGAGAAAAAUGUACACACACUAUCCAUGGGCUUUCAUAUCUGCUAGGUGUAAACAGUGUUGUAGAGAACUUGGAAUUUGAAAAACUUUCAUUUAGUUGUUUUUGUUGUUCUUUUGUUUUGAUAUUUAUGUUAGGAGCUGAAAAAGAAAAUUCAGAAGUGGGAAACUGAGGAUUUAUCAGGAACAAAAAGGCUGAGGUCUGGCUAUCAUUAAUAUAAACUAUGUCCUAAUAUUUUAUUUCUAAUAACUAACAAGUUUUUGUGAAUUACGUAAAAUAUUGACUUGGCUUGAUUGACUUGACUCACAUUUUUAAUGAAUUAUUUUUAUGAAAUUCCUUACUUUACAGAUCACCUGCCCAGCUUGCCCAAGAUGUUGCAAAUCUGCAGAAAACUCAGGUGGUAUUACUGGAAACACAGAGUGAUUUAAAAUCCAGGUGUGGAUGCUCUUUAUCAUGUUAUGUUACUAAACAUAGAUUGUCAUUCAUUCAAAAUACAUAUUUGUAACAGAAUCACUGAUGAAUAAUAAAUCAGUUCUUGGAUAUGGCUUUUUAAAUACGAUCUAAAGAAUUACAGAGUAUACAGAUCUCGAAGGGUAUUGUCCAUCUUGGAGAGUGUAACAGCUGUAUCACUCUCCGGCUCAAUCCAAUAAGUGUUAAUUUGGCUGACUUAGAAACAGGACAGGAACGUCAGUUGACGAAGGGAAAGUGCGCGGAAAGGACUGAACACAACUUGCGGUGCCCAAUUUACCACUCUGUCAUUGGUCAAGCCAGUUGUUUGAUUUGCGCGCGCCGUCGUCAACUGACGUUCCCGUUCUGUUGCUAAAUCAGCUUAUUAUCUAAUGGCCAAAACUGAUUGUCAAAAUCUCAGUCAGUUUUGUGCUUCCAAACUGAUUCUCAUUAUUUGAAUGAUUUUUUUAUCUUUCCAGUGCACAGAUCAAUGAGAGAGCUUACCAUAGGGCAGCAGAGGAACUAGCUGUUGUUAAAAGAGAGGCAGUAGAAUUAAAGGUAACUUAUAAAAAAGGGAACUCUUACAAUUAAAUACUGACAGUGUAUACUAUGUAGUGAGUACAAGGUAACUGCUGUCACUCUGUUAAGCCAGGGGUGUCUUCAUGUAAACGUGGUGGGGAUGCUUACAAGUCAGAAACUGUAGAAUUUUAAAAACCCUUAGAGGAAACAAAUCUGGGUUAAACUACUGGUCUAUGUCAAAACUGGAAAAAAACUGGUUUAAGGGUCUAUUAUUUAAUUAGCUGCUAGUUACCGUGUCAUGGGCUUUCGCUUAAAAAGUCACUGCUAUUAAAAUCUUUACGCAACUGUAUAUUCAACUUGUAUUAUUUUGGAACACACAGGAGAAUGCAGAGCGACAAAGGGAACGGAAUCAAAAACUCCAGCGAAGGCUGUUUCUUGUCACAGCUGUAAGUGAACUAAUAGCUUGUUUGUUACAAAAGGUAAUAGUAAUGUUAUGGUUUUGCUGUUGUGUGGGAAUUUUUCCAGCACUUAACUAGUUUAAUUUCACAGAUCAUUUGGAUGGUUUACCGUGAAUAAUCUCAAUAGACACUUGGGGGCGUCUAUUCAAUUUUAGGGGUCCAAAAGGUGCCGUUUUAUUCUCGUAACUGAAACAACCUCAACAAAACUAAUAUGCUUUGGCGGAAAUAUUAAAAGGAAUAUUCACUCCAUCAAUUGAUAUGUCUAGGCCGUUUAGAGAUCCAUAUCUCUCUUUCAAAUCUCAACAUUAAGGUCAGAAUCCUUGUUUAAAGACAUUAUGUUGCCAUGAUCGUUAGUUUGUCCUUACUUUGAACUUGUUAUUGAGCAAGAUACUAUGCGCAAACCCUUAUUAAUUCCUAGUAUCUUGGAGUAAAUCUCUUAGGGGGCGUCUAUAAGACAGGGGGCGUCUAUUACAAACUGUCUUAACAUUGUAGAGGGGUGUUUAUUAGAUGAGAGGCGUUUAUUUGAGAGUGGGCGUCCAUGAGAUCAUUGACGGUAUACUUUCAAGUUAUAUCCCUCCCAGUUAAAAGAUUGUAUCUAAAAAAUGGUGACAGUGGCAAACACAAUGAAGAUGAUGAUGAUUUUCAAUGUCGUCAUUAGGAACGCGAUGGAUGCCGAAGGAUUUUGGAUAAUUACGAUAACAGCUAUUCAUCAAACUAUGACCCUCAGAUUCGUGCAAGACUGCAAGAGGUUGGUGUUAACAGAACAGGAGGGUCUGAAUGGGGUUUGGUGUCAUUUGCUCAUAAUUUCUAGUGUUUGUUGUUAAAUUGGCAAAUUUUUUAAUAUCUACUGUUUCCGGAGAAAAUACUGUGUUAUGUUUGGAGGCUUUUUCGUGGAAAAAAGGCCUAUAGUCUUUUGGCAUAGUCAAUUCUUAUCUGCUCUUUGAAAAUUUUCGGAUUUCUCCUCGAAAAUCUUCGGUUUUCUUUGGACAUCUUCGGAUAUAUUCGGUAGUUUUCGGAAAUCUUCUGAAAUAAAUGGGAAUAUGUCGAAACAAAAUAAUAUUGUUUUUUGGGAGCAGUUUGUGUUUCAUUCUGGAAAAAAAAUUACUGUUACAGCGAAUUUUUUAGUGUUAAUGUUAAAAUGCCUAAAAUUUAACUGUUUCAUGUUACAGGACCAAACCAUUAAGUCUUUAGUUUUACCGAAGUACCCCCAUUCAGAUCCUAGCUCACGCUGAGUUUUUUUUCCUUUUUUAAGAUACAUGUAGAAGAUACUUGUGAGCUAGAAUGAAGCUGCUGUUCUUUAAUUAAUAGUUUAGAUGCUAUGAGGAAAAGAAAUCGACGUCAAAGACGUCAGUUGGUUGACGAUACAGAAUUAUGACAAUUGUUAGACUGCCCUUGCCAAGUUUUCAACAGUAUUUUGACAAAACUUCUAUCACUAAAUAUAUGGCUUUGAAAAGUGUCUUAUUCGAACUUAAUCGUAACGUAAUUUGAGGUUUUUUAUAUCGUCUUAGACUCACGGGUUUCAGUGUCGUUUAUAUUAGUUGAAGUACAUACUUCUUUGUCACUUAGAGCUUUGAGCCCAGAAUACAAAGAAGAAGAAGUUUGAAGUUUAUUGGUCUUCAUAAGUUACAAAUUAAAUUAAUUUAAACAAAUAUGUACACACAAACAUCCUCUACUCGCAAUUAGCUUGGCUAAUCGAGGUAGGCAGAGGAAAACGUAAAGUAAUUUAUAACUAGGAAGAAAUUAAGAAGAGGAAAAGAACAGGAAGACAGAUCUAUACAACUGACACAAUAAGAUGAACUGAAGUUAUUACAAUACAACGUUACAAAAUAUACAAACUUAUUUAACUUAUUCACUUUAUUUAACUUUAACACUUGUUUUUUUUUUUGCCAUCAGGCUGAAACUCGUCUUAAAACAUGUCAUGAACACAUACAAACACUGGAGGUUAGUCACUAAAUCAUCAGAAAGUUUUACAUACCACGAUGGCAACGGCGGCGAAAACGUCACCACUAAAAAGUGACUUCGCGUUCUUUGAAACUUCAUCGCGAUUAUCCCGACUGGCUUACUCUCUUUAUAAAUAUAGGCGAACCAUCCCGGAGUUGAAUUCCUAAGAAAAAUAUCCAAGUUUAAACAGUGAAAGAGAAAUUCGUCUUCGUUUGUUGACGUACUCGAGAAAACGUGAAAAUAGGCAAUUUUUGGUCGUAGGCGUGCAAAGUUGUUGACCUAAUCCUUUUUUGACGUUCUCGUUGCCGUUGACGUCCUUUCCCCAUGAUUAUUUAACCUUCCUUCAUCAAAGCUAAUCCAAAGGUUCCAUCUUUUUACAGAGUUAUAUUUACUCAGGGUUCUAUCUGGGAUUCAUCAUUUGGGGGAGAAGUCCCGAGUGGCCGAAGCCCACGAGCUUCCUAGCGGGAUCCGGGGGAAUGCCCCCCCCCCCUCCCCCCAGAAAUUUUCUGAAAUGAAUAUGCAGUGAGGUGCAAUCUGGUGCAUUUUGAGACACAAUUUUGAGAAAUGUUAGAGUACAGUACAGUAUUUUAAAAUAAUACCCCAUAUUCCUUGUCAUAUAGUGUCCUCAGACAGGGAAUACUUGCUUCAUGUGCACUGACCUCGUCGCGUCUGGAUGAUUUUUCCUACAUAGUUACUUAUAUUUUGUAAUGAUAACAAUAUUUUUUUUUUUUGGAGGGGGGGGCAUCAAAUACCCUAGAUAGAACCCUGUUACUUUAUCAACUCAGUUGGCAAAACAAAAAAAAGUGUUUGACUCCCCCUUUCAAAGUUGUUUGAAACUAACCCCUUUAUUCUUUCGUUACCGUAAACUUCCGCUGAGAAGCCCUCCCGCCCUAAUUAUAAGCCUCCAUGCAGGCAUAGGCCCAUCAACCGGUAAACAAGAAAUACGUCCGGUAAUCCCCCCAACUCGGAUAUAAGCCCCCCUCUUGCUUGUAUCGAAAUGAAUUUGAUUUUUAUAACGUUUUGAAGCUUUAAAAGCGAGUGAAUUCAAAAAGUAUUUUGAUCAACACUGUUAUGUAGCUUGUUUUGAAACGCUUUUUUAGUCCGGUUAUAAGCUCCCCAGUUUACCAGCCCUCUUAAAAUCCAUUUUACGAAGUUGUAUAAGCCCAGGGAGUUAACGGCAUAUUGGCAACGAUAGAGAAAAAGAUUUUGGUUUUGGUAUAUUUUACGGCAUGUUUUGGAGUAUGGGGGAGUAUUUUAAGACGCUUGAAUAAAGGUAGCAAUAAUUAUUUUCGAGUGGAGAGAAACGAGGACCAGAAAUCCGUCUGUGUCCGUAGGCCACUCGAUCGGUUAUUUCUUGCAACUAUUUCGUGGAGCAAACGAUGGUUUAAUUUGCCAUCAUCAGAAAAAUUAAAUUUCUCUCUGGUUACUUUCUUUUCAGGUCGAGUUGAAUGAAAAAGCAGAGCUGGCAUGCCAGGAAAAGCUGAAAUGUAACAAAGUAUGUAAUUUCACCGUACUGAUACAUGUAUCUUGUUGGUACUCAAUUUCGCGACUUUGGUGAGACUGUAUUUCGCGAUUUCACAAGGCCAAUAUACAAAAGGGCAUUAAAUUUCGCGAUUCAAGCGUCAUCAACUUCCUUUUUUUUUUCAAAAAGUUUGAACCUUUUAGAAUUCUUUUUACAUUUAACAUUUUCUAUUCCAUAUGUGAAGUCUUUACAAAUUAACGAUAUUUCACAGUAGAAAUUAUAAAAUGGAACUUACCACAUCAGUAAAGCCAGUAAAUAAUUUGUGCAUUUGUCGAUGCAUACCCUGUGUUUGUUGUUGUUAUUACAAGUUUCUCAGUUUUUCUGUGAAUUGAAUUUUCUAUAUGGGUGUUAAAUUACGCGUGUUUAAAUUUCGCGAGUAUUUUUAUUCGAGCGAAGUUAAGUACAAAUAAGGUGUCUAAGCACAUCUAUUGGAAAUGACCAGUGGUUUGCACCCCUUAAGUUUUUACUAUGGUUUUGUCGCUUUUAUUUUCUUUACAGCUUGAAGUUGAAGUUAAUGAACUACGUGAUAAGUUGUCUAAACAGACGCAAGGAACACCAGACAACAGUUUGUUACGGUAAAGAUGUUAAAAAUCUAAGAAAUAUGGAAUAUUUUGUAUGUCGAGAGCGUUGAACGGAGAAAACCCGAGAUAAUUCAAACCCUUACUUUUCCCUUUGCAAAUCUGAGGUCAGGGCUAAGUUCACACGGCACUGGACGAGUUUACGACCGGUUGAAAAUUCGUUCGUUUAGCUGUUCUGUUCACACGGAAUCAUCUUAACCGAACGUAGCCUGUUCCAGGCGUUCGGAUGGUGGGGAGCGGGCAAAAAAUUAGGGCGCAGGCGAAAAAUUGACGAGGGAAAAAAUAGGGCCGGAAAAGGGAGGGAACGGCGUUUUCUCGCUCCCGCCCCAGUCUCCCCUCGUUUUUUUCCUCUCGUGUUUCUUUUUGCGCUGGCCGCGUACGAUUUAACUUGUUCCCCACUGUCUAAACGCCUGGAACCGGCUAUUCAAAGUUCCAUGUGAACAGAGAGGAAAUAUUGAACGGUUCCGCGUGAACGAAGUGUCUGGUCAAAUUUUCAGCCGGUCGAAAAUUCGUCUGGUGCUGUGUAAACGUGUUAGGAGUACAUUUUACCGAGUUAAUUGCAUUUUAUGGUUUUCGGGUUCGUAGGCGUUUUCACAGAUCUGUUAAUACAAGAACAUUCAUUCGGAUACAUAGUAUUCACUCUUAUAGAUUCUGGAUUCAAAAUCUCCGGACACGCGGCCAAACCACCAGAAAGUUUAUAUAAUUUGCGGAUUCACGCAAAAGGAAUCCGGUGCCAUAAUGUUCCAGAUUCGUCACGAAUCUCUCCCAGUAUAAACUGAACCUGUUUAUCGAACAUUUCUAAGCAUCCCUGAAGCAUUAAUUUUGGCCAAGAAAAGGUGUUGGAGGUGACCGUCACGAAUACGUCGGUUAUCCAACGUAAGAUUUGUGUGAGUACUUUAGAACACUGUAGUCUAGAAAUCUGAGCUUUGUAGCCGCUAUGAACGUUUUUUUUUUUUAUUUUAGUGAAUAUUCAAAUAUAAACUUCAGACGCACCGUUUGUGGAGCGGUAAUCGUUCUUUUAAAGUGGAGGGAGUACAGGGGGACUUUCUGCGGAAAGAAAGUUUCUCACUUUUUUCACUUUCUUCUCACUUUUAUAAUUUAAAUUUGCAUCGCUUUGUUUUACAGUAAAGAAGUGGAAAACCUUAGAGAAGAGAAUGCCAAACUACAGGAACAGCUGGAGAUGUACGAUCUUCGUAAAGAACAAAUGCAUAUGCAGGUAUGAACGCCCAUUUGUUGUUUUGAAGAUACCGGUAGUUUGUCAGUCACCCUGAUUUCGCCCCGAGACAUUAGAAACCUUUAGAUCCGACGGCACCGAGUCACCGACGGUAACGGGAUUCAUGAAGCAAUAGGUUUAGAUUGGCAAAACAGCAACUUUGCACGUGCCCCACAUUUCUUUGUAUAUCCUUUGCCUUAAGGGGACAACUACAGUGUGAAAAUAUCUAAGUUCCAGUUUUAUGGAGGACGUAAACAAGCGACGAUGAAAUUUUCUUCUCUUUCUGAACUUGGGUGUGGUUCUUAGGGAUUCAACUCCAGGAAAGUUCGUCUUAGUUACCAGGUCAUCCAUGUACGCAUAUUUUCUUCCUUCCCCACUGUCACUCCUCGUUUUAGAGGUUGUGAUUUGUGGCUUUUACCACAAAAAGCAAACAGAGAACAAAUAAGUCUUAGUCGACUUCCACCUGCCGCGUAGUCCUGCCCAAAGGAAUUUAUAUGUGAGUUGUUGCUUAUCUUUUUUUAAGGUUUAUACUUAGCUUUGAAUUGUUUUAGGGUUACUACGAUCCUACCAAAACCAAGAUAGUUCACCUGUCGAUGAAUCCAUCAAGCAUGGCUAAACAGCAGCGGGCAGAGGAGUUAGAGAAAUUGAGGAAGGAGAAUGAAACACUUCGGAGGAGGCUACAGAUCCUGGAGGAAGGAGGCGGCGGUAGCCAAGAAGAAGUCAGCCCCGGGCUCAACAAACUCACUCCUGAAGGAGCGCCGAGUGUCAUGAAACAAGUGGAAGGUCGGCCAGUUCUCUUUAUCCAUUGCGCUGGAUUUAUUAAUUGUAGUCACCUUACGAAUAGCUCCUCUUAGCCUGAUUUGCGUGUAAUUGUCUGGACCGUCUUUAUCGCCCAAAACGGGUCCCAGAAAUGAAUGUGUUCAGACCAUCGAGACGUCGAGCGAUUGGCGCGAUCACGUAUCUCCUGGAUAGACCUGGGCAGUUUUGGGAAAGGGAGUUUUCGAAAGUCCCCGUAAGGAAGGAUUGAGCCCAGGAAACCAUUGUUUUUGUCGUUUUACGGAGUUUUCCGGCAAUAGUUUUGAAAGAUAAUAUGACGUUUAAAACUUUGCGUCAAGAAAAAUGAAAACUUCCUUCAAGAAAACAAACUGGUUUCUUAGCGAGGAACUGCGCUUUUGGUUAUUAGAUUUUGAUCUACAUAUUUGAUUUCGGGACCGUCAAAUUACAGGGAUUUUCGAGAAACGGGCCUGGUCUAUGUAAUUGUCCAGAUUGUCUCAAUCGUUCCAAAAUAACCGAGGCCGCAAUAGAGACGAUCCAAACGAUUUUGUGGACUGACCAGGUUUUAAGAAUGCUAUAUAGUAAUUGCCUAUUCUACCCUUACUUCGAAUUGGCCAACUAGAGAAGAAACUUGUGGCAGUGACACUUCAACAAACUUUUUCGCUUCAUUUCGAUGAAACACUCGACUGAUUAUUUUAAAAGAAAAUGCUAACUGCGUAUGAUGCUUUAUUUGUUGAACACAAUCAUGAUUUUUUUUUACAAGAAAAAAAGUGUCAGCACCUGUGAUAUCCGUUGGCGAAACUAACCUCAAAAGCUUUGCUUAUGUGAGAAUCACCAGACUGCCUAGGGUAGGCUCCUGCCAUUUAAAGAAACGUUAGAGUGGCCGGAACUUUACUCCAGAAAGCAAGUUUUUCUAGUCGCGCAUAGGCAAAUAGUAUGAGCCAAACUUCACCACGUAGCACUCCAAGAAUUUUCAAUCCCCACCCCCACCCCCAUGUGUGCUGUAUUGUCGUUGUUGUUGUCCUGCCAUCUUCACAACAAUUUACAACUUUUCACUUAAGAUAUCUCGGGCUGUUGAAAAUAGAAACAACGUUUUCUUAAGCAGAUUUUUUAAACUACUCAUACUUGGAUUAGCACCAUUGAUUCUUAUGUCAUGAUCAUCAUCCAACAGAUUUCAAAGCUCAACUUUCCUCGGCAGAGAUGAAAAACCAGCGUCUUAAGGAGGUGAAUGGUGAAUUAUAUUUUGUUUCACUAUUUUACUAUUCUAAACUAGGCCCUCAGUCUUGAAACAAAUGGCACAACUGUAACGUUAUUUUAAUUGAUUUUGUGGUCAGGUUUUCAAGAAAAAGAUCCAAGAGUUUCGCGAGGCUUGUUAUGCGCUAACGGGAUACAAGGUGGAUGUGAUUCGAGACAAUCAGUAUCGACUUCAGUCCAUGUAUGCCGAGAGAUCUGCAGACGACUUGUUAUUUGAGGUAUAGUUUGUCAUAAGAACUGUUGUAAGUCCCAUACUGAAGACAUAACCAGUAGUUCACGUGGUCAACCCUGCCACAUUAGCAUGCAAAGAAAGUCAUAUCCGAUAGCCCAGGGCUGGUAGAUUUUGCUUUAGUCAGGCUACUAAAUUAUGUUCUUAACCUGCCCGACCGGCAAGUGAAUUUUUCCUUGGGGGGCGGGGAAUUCAAAUUACAGAAGAAAUGUUAUCAAUCUUGUUUGUCAAGAUUAUUUUUCGGGCUGGUCACAAUUACUCUUGAGCUAGGACAUGCUAGCUACAGCUUGCCUUUUGCACCUGCACAUGAAGGCCCAGCUGUUUACUUGGCAAAGGCACUAGUACCUUGGUUGGUUCUCAGUUGUUUUGAGAACCUGAGUAGUGGUCCAGCUCGCUAGGGGGUCGAAACCGGUUUGCAAACCAGUGCUCUAACUGCUGGGCUUACUUUGCUAUCCUUAUCUCACCCAAUAUGCACGUCGCCUGUAAAAGGGGUCUCUUCCGCGUGAAGCUUGAGGCGGCGCUAUUGAUUCCAUUAGAUCGCAUUAGAACUGAUACGAUGAUACAGUUUUACGAUGAAAAGCUGACUUGCACAAUAAUUUUUUCAGGAAUUUUAUGGUAACAACCAGUAUUUUCAACUCCUUUAUCAGAAAACUGAUUCUAUCCAAUAACCGCCUUGUUUUCUCGCCCAAACGAUACUCAAGUCUCCCUCGCUCUUCAUAAUUACCAUUUAUACUUUAAAGAAACAUCUCGUACGCAUGUAAAAGAAAAGUUAAAAGCAAGCCUUUGCCUGCUUAACAAGUGUUUCCGCUCGAGUUAUGGCGCGAAAACUUUGAGCCAGAGUCCCUCCCCCUUCUUUUAUUUGUUUGCUCUCGUUCCAGCUUUUGCUCAUUAACUCGAGCGGAAACGCUUGCUAUGCAGGCUAAGCUAGUCUUUUUGCAAGCUACUAUGUAGAACUUGUCCUUAUUUCUGACAACGUAUUCAGUGUAUUCCUUGUUUUUGAUGUUUUUUGUUUGUUUCGUUUGUUUGUUUGUUUGUUUGUUUUGUGCUUUUUACUAUUGUGCUUAAGUAAUGUUAACCUGGGUGCUGCAGCUUCUUCUGCGCGUGCGACUACUUGUUUCAUUUUGGGGGGCUAAAAGAGACUGGACACCGCUAGCAACGUAUUUCCCCGUUCCUUUUCAUGGUCUUGCUCGAUGACUCGAUACGAUUUCGUCUCAACUAUGUCAUAUUAGUCCUAUCUUUUAUUCAAAUCAAGCGAGAAAAAAACGAUAGCACCUCAGUUCAAGGAAGAAAACUUAAGUAAAGGUGAAUGUACCUGUUUUGAUUUUGUGCUUUUUUGUUGUAAUUUUAGAGCACUUCCAAAGGUGAAAUGAUGCUCCUUGCCACAGACUUCUCCUCUCAGUUAACGGAUCAAAUAGAGACUUAUCUGAAGAGAUUCAACUCUAUCCCUGCUUUCUUAAGCAGCAUCACGCUUGAACUCUUCAACCGACAAACGCAGACCAUAGUUAUCAGCUAAUAACAUUAGGAUCUGAUGAGAGAAAGAUGUCAAUCAAACUCGUCCCCAGGGUCCUCUCUUUUACUAAUAUGGCUGCUGGAAUCGAGAAGACUCUGGGACGAGGUUGAAUGUCAUUGAAAGUCGUUUCUGAAUAGCCCACGUUCGAUAUAUUAAAAUUGUAACAUGAUUCCGAAGCUUUCUGGUCAUUUUUCCAUAUUCGGAGUCAUGUUAGAAUUUUAAAAUGUCGACGUGAGCUAUUAUCAAAACUGGUUUGAAAAGUCUUAGCCUUUUGUUGGUUAAAAAACCCUGCUUUUCAGUAGUUUUCAUUUAAAUGGUUCCUCUUUAGGACUUCUAAUCAUUAUCAACCAGGAGCCCAUACGCCACUUGCACAUCUCCCAUAAUGCACCUUAUUUGCCCCC